AUGACUGUGAUUAAAGCCCUGUUGGACAUGAGGAUCAAACUCCUUCUACACUGGCUUGGAGUAUUUCUGUUCUUUCCUGGACAGACCCAGGCUGAGCACCCCCAAUAUCACAGCCCCCCAGAGGUGGUGAUUCCUUUGAAGGUAACCGGUACUGCCAGAGGCAUGAAGUUUCCAGGCUGGCUCUCCUAUAAUCUGCACUUUGGGGGCCAGAGACACAUUAUCCAUAUUAAGGUCAAGAAUCUUUUGCUACCCAAACACUUACCAGUGUUCACCUACACAGAUCAGGGUGCUCUCCUUGAGGACCAGCCUUUUGUUCAGAAUGACUGCUACUACCAUGGUUAUGUGGAGGGGGACCCAGAAUCCCUGGUUGCCCUUAGUACCUGUUACGGGGGCUUUCAAGGAUUGCUACAGAUAAAUGGCACUGUUUAUGAAAUCAAGCCCAUUGUAUUUUCUACCACAUUUGAACAUCUGGUAUAUAAGAUGGACAGUGAGGAGACACAAUUUCAAACCAUGAGAUCUGGCUUUAUGCAAGAUAAAAUAUCAUGCCAACUGGAAUUUCAAGAGAUAGAUACUUCCACUCUGAAGCAAAGUUCUGUUGCAGACUGGUGGGUUCAUUUUAGGAUUAUUGAAAUAGCAGUAGUGAUUGAUAAGCAUCUAUACAUUCAUUAUGGAAAGAAUGAGUCAAAGUUGCUGGAUGACCUAUUUGUUAUUGCAAAUAUAGUAGAUUCCAUUUUUGAUGCAAUUGGUAUUAAAGUGUUAAUGUUUAGUUUGGAGAUCUGGACUAAUGGAAACCCCAUUGUAGUGGAUGACGUAAGGAAAUCUGGGAACCACUUCUGCAAGUGGAAGUCUGAAAACAUUUUUCCCAGGCUAAAGCAUGAUACCUCACAUCUUUUCAUAAAUCAGGGAUUAAGAGGAUUAAGUGGUAUAGGACUACUUAAAGGAAUGUGUAACUUUGAACUUAGUUGUGCAAUUGUUACUUUCUUCAACAAAACCUUGGGCAUUUCUGCAAUUGCAGUAGCUCAUCAUCUGGGUCACAAUUUGGGCAUGAGUCAUCGGUCUGCUAAAUGUGGAUGUCCACAUCCUAAAUGCAUAAUGCAUGAAGAUAACCCACCAAUAACUAAAUUUAGCAAAUGUAGUUAUGAAUAUUACUGGCAGCAUACUGUAGAGAAAACAACAUGUUUGUUUGAACAUCUAUAUACAAAGGAUAUCUUUAACCGGAAGCGCUGCGGAAAUAGUAUUGUUGAAGAAGAGGAGGAGUGUGACUGCGGACCUUUAAAGCGUUGUGCAAAAGAUCCCUGUUGUUUGUCAAACUGCACUCUGAGUGAUGGGUCUAAUUGUGCUUUUGGACUUUGUUGCAAAAACUGUAAGUUCUUACCAUCGGGAGAAUUGUGUAGAAAGGAGGCCAAUCUAUGUGAUCUUCCAGAGUGGUGCAAUGGAACUUCCCAUAAGUGCCCAGAUGAUGUAUAUGUGGAAGAUGGUAUUCCCUGUAAUGAAAGUGCCUACUGCUACGAAAGGAGAUGUAAUGACCGCAUUGCACAUUGUAGGCAGAUUUUUGGCCAACAGGCAAAUAGUGCAAAUAAGAUUUGCUACAAAAAUGUGAACACCCAGGGUACUCGUGUUGGUCACUGUGGUAUCAAUGGCGUUCGAUAUAUAAAAUGUAAUACCUCAGACAUCCUUUGUGGGAGACUUCAGUGUGAUAAUGUGAAAGAAGUUCCCUUACUGAGUGAUCAUACUACUGUGCACUGGACUCGCUUCAAUGAUGUACACUGCUGGGGUACUGAUUACCAUUAUGGGAUGACCAUACCUGAUAUUGGUGAUGUAAAAGAUGGCACAGAGUGUGGUCCAGAACAUGUCUGCAUCCGCAAGCACUGUCUUCAUAUAUCAGUCCUGGAUAGUAAUUGUUCACCUGCAUUCUGUAACAUGCGGGGCAUCUGCAACAAUAAACAUCACUGCCAUUGCAACUAUCUGUGGGACCCUCCCAACUGCCUAAUAAAAGGUUAUGGAGGUAGUGUUGAUAGUGGCCCACCUCCUAAAAGAAAAAAGAAAAAGAAGUUUUGUUACCUGUGUCUAUUGUUGCUUAUUAUUUUGCUUAUUUUGUUAUGUUGUCUUUGUUUGCUUUGUAUGAAAAGAAAACCUAAGGAACAACAGCAAAAAGUUCAGAAUCAACCUGCGAAGGAAAAGAAAGAUAUUCAGAGUCAGCCAGGCUCAUUGGUGUCCCACAGUAAGCCUGGCUCAUUGGUGUCCCAGAGUCAGCCUGGCUCAUCCGUUUCCCAGAGGAAGCCUGGCUCUUUGCUCUCCCAGAGUCAACAACAGAAACAAAAACAAGCAGUACCAGUCCCCCAAACUGUAUCCAGACAGGUAUCAUCCAUUAAAAAAUAA